UUGAACUACAAACUUCGUUCCUUACUUAAUUUCAAAAAUUUGUCUUCAAAAAAAUAGCAAACAACAAUAAAUUUGUGUCAUUUCUUAUCAUUUUUACUCAUCGCACGCCUUAUGUUGAGCUGUACGUCGAAAUAUGAGCAGGAGAUAAGAAUUGUUUGAGAUUCGUUACUUAAUAAUAAUCUCACUUUUGAAUGAAGUUCACGACGACUAAUGAUGCAUGUUAGUGCACAUCCAGCGUCAUUCGUGAUAAGAUGCAAGAAUAAUUUAUUUUUAUUUUGAAAAAAACAUCAAAAAAUGGCAGACCCAACAAUUCAAACGUUCUGCUGUCAUCACCGCAAUAAUUCCGACUUUGCGGUGAAACUCAUGAGCGAGUUUAACAAAGAUAGUUAUGUGACGACGUGCCUCAUCAGUAGCGGUUUGGGCAUUUUGGGUGCCUUGUAUCAGAUUUUCUUCAGGCACGAAAGUGAAUCGCGUCGCGGAUCGUCAAUGAGUGCCAACAGUAUUGGGCGUCACAUCAUUGUGAGUCUCGCGAUUGCGGAUUUGUUUGCGACGCUGGGAGUUUUUGUGCGUUCACUCGUUUGGCGUUACAUGCGGAACUUUAUUCCGAUGGACAAUGACACGUACACGGUGACUUUUUGUGCAAUUUCGUCGGCUUGGACGCAGUUUUUUUAUACGGCGACGUUUUUCUAUACGAUGUUUUAUGCGAUCUCGAUUCAUCAGAUACUUAAGGGAGUCUUGCCGUAUUUGAGACGAUACCAUUUGAUUGUGUGGAGUGCAAGUGCAGCAUUAACGGCAAUUGGAGUGACGAUACUUUAUGUACCGAAUGCAGACUGUCACGACACCCAUCAACUCUCCACAGCAAUCCUGCGUGUCCUGCCCAUCUAUCUCGUCACAUACAUCCCCGUCGUUUGUGUCAUGAUCGGAAACCCGCUGCUUUUCAUUCGUUCCUCCAAACUCUUCGAGAACCAGCUUGGCAUCGAAAACAGUCAAAUCACUCAAGAAGAACGUCUCCUGAUGCGUCGCUUCAAAGUAAAAUUCUCCUUCAUCAAUGCCAUCUUUUACAUUUGUUGGAUGCCAAAUCUCGUUAGUUCCUUCAUUCUUUGGUUCUGUUGGGACAUGAUUCCAGUGCGAACUAUUCUCACAACGUGGACUCUUAUGGCAAUUCUGAAUCCAUUGCAGGCUCUUUUUAAUGCUUUUGUGUAUCGGAAAUGGACUCGCGUGGCAGUUUUCGACACUUGUGUGGAGGCUUGGCGACGAAAACGACGAAGAAAAAGAUCGGGAGAGAGUAAAAUUACGAAAAAUAUCGAAAAAAGUCCCUUGUUGAAGGAUGAACCAACGGAUUAUGAGUCAACGACGAUAACGGGAAGCGUUGAUAGCAUCAUUGAAGCACCGAACACGAACAAUGGACACAGUGUCAACUCCUGUUCUUGCGUUUAGAAGAUUUUUUGGGGGAU